AGGUGAUACUUACUUUGCAGGAAUACCCAAGGUUUCACGUCUUUUCUUUCCAAUGGCUGAUGUAAAGUUAUGGAUUGCAAGUUGUUCUGCUAGCCGGACCACAGCUCCGAUCAAUAGUCAUGUAGGUAGGCAUCUCUCGAACGGAUGAACAUUUCACUUUUCCUCAUUUCUCAAUUACGAAAUGGCCUUGCAGACCUUGAGGGGUAAACUCUUUCUUAGACCAUUGACGUCACUCCGUAGUAUUUCGUGUUUGUAUUCGUCGCGACCUGGAAGUUUUCUUAUGAACGCCCAACCAUUUUCAGGACCACCUACAUAUCGCCUACGACAAGUCCAGAAACAGUUCUCUACGAGUACAGCAAAGAUGUCUGACACUAAUAAGAACUUUCUUCUAAGUGAAGUCUUCAAUGUGAAGGGGAAGGUUGCUCUCAUCACUGGAGGUGGCAGCGGAAUUGGUUUGAUGGCAACUCAGGCGCUUGCUGUAAACGGAGCGAAAGUCUACAUCGUCGGACGAACCGAAGAGAAGCUCGAGACUGUCGUCAAGACACACGGACAGAAUAUCGAGGGCGAAAUUAUUCCCAUCACUGCGGAUAUCACAUCGAAGAGCGAGAUUGAGAAGCUUGUGAAGGAGAUCGAGUCUCGGGAGAAAUGCUUGUGCAUCCUGAUCAACAAUGCUGGCAUUGCAGGCAACACGCAGCAGACGGAGGCUAAGACUGCCGAGGAGAUGAAGAAGAAUCUAUUUGAUGCGGAAGGUUCGACGUUCGAUGAUUGGUGCAGUACAUACAGGACCAAUGUCCCACAACUGUUCUUCAUGACUAUGGCCUUCCUGCCGCUUCUACAGAAAGCUUCUGAUCACCAACAUGGCUAUUCGGGCACGGUCAUCAACAUCUCUUCAAUCUCGGGUAUCGUUCAGUCAUCUCAACAUCAUUUUGGCUAUAAUGCUAGUAAGGCAGCUGCUAUUCAUCUCACCAAGAUGCUGGCUUCUGAGGUCGCAGAAAAUGGUCUCAAGAUUCGUAUCAACAGCAUUGCUCCGGGUGUAUUCCCUUCUGAGAUGACUGCUGGUGGAGAGAGUGGAUCUGACCAGAAGAGUCACAUCGAGAAAGACAAAUACGCAAAGGUUCCUGCUAGACGACCAGGAAAGGAUCAAGAUAUGGCCGCAGCUGUCUUGUUCUGUGCUGCUAAUCAGUACUUGAAUGGCCAGACCGUGGCGGUUGAUGGUGGUUAUAUCUUGCAUGCAGGAGCAUGAGCCAUCUGAGUCUGUGAGCAUGACAUGAUCUAAUACGCUUGGUCGGUGACAAGUCUUAGCUAAAUGGUAACUUGUCUGGUUCCUAC